UAGGAUAGGAAGGCGAUGCCAUGACAGCAGCAUUGGCGGAGUUGCUAAACGCGAGAGCGAAGUAAACGAGAGAGCCAACGAAGGAAUAAAUACAAGCGCAAGCUACACACGAGCGAGAAAGCGGAGCUGGGCAACGGCGACGGCAAGUGUCGCACGAAACGAGGCGAAAGGAAACGCAGGAAUACUGCUAGCUACGUGCAAGUCCGUAGUGCGCCGUAACCUCAGCGGCGGCAGCAUCGAGCGCGAGUGCGAGCGGAGUCGAGAAGCGGAGCCGAGAACUGCCGAAAGGAGGAGGUGGCGUAAGAGGCGGCAAGAGCGGCAUAACAUCACGUUCCGCCAGUCGAGUGCGAGCAGUGCCAGAAGUAGGUAGUCAGCAAGCAGCGGCAGAGCAGCUGUCUGUGUUAGGCCGAAAGCGAGCCAGAUCCGAAGAGCGAGGAAGUGCCCGCCGGCCGGCCGGCCCUCUGCCAAGCAGUGCUCCGCAGCACCAACUGCAACUAGUGCGAGCUCGCGGGGAGCAGCGCCCUAGCAGACGACGCGCCGCGCGCGAUUAUCGCUCGUCGCCCGCAUUAGUCACUGUCAGCUCGAUCCGCGUUGGGCGGAUCCUCCACGCACCUCGUCGACGCGGAUGUCCGAUCGCUCGCGCUGCCGCCGCCGCCAACGCCGAGCUCGCUGUCGCCCAGCCAACGCCAGUUAGCAGCUCGCUAUCGCCGCUCUCGCACAAGGCAGCUGAUGAGAUUGCCCAGCUGACAGGCGCGCGCACAUCCACGCCAACGCGAACCCAGCCGAGAGGCCAAGACCCAGCAGCAGCCGCCGCCGCCGCGAGAGGGACAGAGAGAGUGCGCCGCCUAAAACGCACCGACAAUAGUAAGCAAGCGGCCAGCCAAUCAAUUGGGAGGUUAGGAAGAACGCCAUCACUCUCGGCUAGCGCACGCAGCUCUGCAGACCAGAUAUCGAUCAAGAUGACGAGCAUCGUGGCGACGCUGAUCCACGGUUACAGGGACAUGAUGGACAAUAAGUCUGAUCCCCGAGUGCGAGAAUGGGCGAUGAUGGCGAGCCCCUUCCCGACGGUGGCCAUAUGCCUGAUGUACGCCUACUUCAGCAAAGUGCUCGGCCCGAGGAUGAUGGAGAACAGGAAGCCGUUCAACCUGCGGCGCAUCCUCAUAUUCUACAACUUGACUCAGACCAUUUUUUCCACCUGGAUAUUUUACGAGUACUUGAUGAGCGGCUGGGCCAGGGGCUAUAGCUUCCGGUGUCAACCUGUCGAUUACUCCAACAAUACCAUGGCAAUUCGCAUGGCUGCCACUUGCUGGUGGUACUACUUCAGCAAAUUCACUGAAUUCUUCGACACGCUGUUCUUCAUCCUGCGCAAGAAGACCCAGCACGUUUCCACGCUCCACGUAAUCCACCACGGCAUCAUGCCUUUCUCCGUGUGGAUGGGCCUCAAGUUUGCCCCGGGUGGUCAUUCUACCUUCUUCGCUCUGCUCAAUACCUUCGUUCAUAUCGUCAUGUACUUCUACUACAUGAUUGCGGCGAUGGGACCCGAGUACCAAAAGUACAUCUGGUGGAAAAAAUAUCUGACCAGCUUUCAGAUGUUACAGUUCGUUAUGAUAAUGACGCACCAGUUCCAACUGCUGUUCACCGAAUGCGAUUAUCCUCGUAGCUUUAUGAUUUGGAUUGGACUGCACGGCCUGCUAUUCCUUGGUCUGUUCUCUGACUUCUAUAAGGCCAAGUACUCGUCAACUAAAGGCAAACAUAAGUCGAAAAGGCCGGUCAAGUCCGAUAAUCCAGGAGCCUGUAUGCCGGUCCUUGACGACGAUCACAAGCCUAGUCAGAAUGGCCACGUGGUAUCCACCUACGCGACUAUUUAUAAUAAAGAGCUGAACAGCUGUUACAGCAGCGGUACCAAUAAUGGCUAUGUAGACGCCAACCAAACGCAAGCUAUCGGUGACAAAAAGCUGGUUUAAAUGUUCAACAACCAUAACGUCGGUCGCUCAUACCAAUGCAAAACUUCCUAGGAUGCCUUUCUGUUUUCCUGUUUACAUUCACAUCUACUGUACAAUUUUAUUUAUGUCGCUGUCAAACGCGAUUCCUUGUUUCUUUUUUUCUACCUUUUCUUUUUCUCUUUUUUAUUUUCUUACUAAACUGAAUUCUCUACCAUUUCUUAAAGACUUGUCAUGGUCAUUUUCACCACUUUUGGAUAUAACAUUAUUAUUAUUAUUAUUAUUAUUAUUAUUA